AACUUUCGUAGAUCACAAUAUUCUACUCAGAUUUAAGUGUGAGUACAUUACUGGGUUAGGUAACAAUACUGUGAUCAUAUUUGUUAUAUACCUAAAGUUUAUUCAAAAGAUGUAAUAUUGUUAGCUGUUUAACUCAAAGGUUAUGGCUUUUAAGUUUCGGCAUCUUUCGAAUAGUUUCAUUGUACUAAAUAGAUUAAGUUUUCGAAAUAUAAUGACAUCGCCAACUAAGCUAGAAAAAGCUGUGGAGCAAUUGCAAAAGAAUCCCUAUUAUGAAAAAUACGCUGAUCGUAUCGCUACCCUUCAGAAAACUUCUCCCCAAGAGUUUCUACAAAGAUUAGAGGAACAGCAGAAAACUAAACAGAAAGAAAAAGAAAAGAAGCUGGGCGUAGUUGACACCAGACAGUUUUCCUCAGUUUUACACCCUAAGGAAACAUUAAGCAAGGAUAUAACAGUUGAAGAUAAAAAGCUUGAGGCCAUUUUAAAAUUAGAUUUGGUAACAGAAAAAGAUGCUUCAGAUAUUCAAAAUAUUUGGGAAGAAUAUCAUAAGAACAAAGAAGUGAUAUCAGCAACAAUUCCUCUUGAUGUUUAUACCACGGUUCAUGAAAAGAUGAAAGAUUAUCCUACAUUCUUAUUUCCCUUGCCGCGAUCUGAGGGAUACGAGUUCAUAAUGUGUCAGUGCCACAAUCACACCGUGCACUUUACACCGCUUCUUGCCUUUCAGGUUCAUAAAGAAAAUGCACCUGAAUGUUUGACAAUGAUACAUUAUACAGAACUCAACCACAAAGGAAUAGUGUUGAUGAGAGGAGAAUAUGACAAGAAUGUGCUGAAUGGCCAGGAGGCACAAUGCUUGGCAAACCAGUUUCAAAUGUAUUUUUGUGGUAAAGAUUUAACCAAGCAGCAUUUGCUAGAGACAUUUAAUAAGAAACCAGAUGCUUUCAAACACAUGGAUCUAAUAACAGAACUAGAGAAUAUCACAUUAGUAUAGAUCUUGCAUUCAGUAAAGUUUUAGUACUUA